UAUUGCUGGAUAGGGCGGUGGGUCCGGUGAUAUGGUGGGGUGAACGUCGGUGGCUGGUUGAGUGGUCGGAUUGAAAGUGAAUUUGUUCUCAAAGCAUGGCGGGAGGAUCUGGUGAUGAAGAUGGUGACUCUCCGAAGAAAGCCAGAAAGACGCGAAGAAUCAAAACGCGUGAAAAGGACAGGAAAAUAUACACAGAUGAUUGGAAUUUGGCUGAAGAAGAAUUGGAAGGACAACGAUCGUUCGAUCUGGAUCAGAAAAUCGCCAGCGACAAUUUUCCACAAUGUUUUGUCAAGGAAAUGGAGGGAAAAGAUUUCGACCUAGCCUGGAUCCAGGUGAACGGGUUUUCCACACCGCUGGUCUUCCAUUCGAAAGAUCAUCUCGGCAUUAACGUUCCGCCCUCGAGCUUCACGAUAAACGACGUGCGUCUGGCUGUCGGCUCCAGGCGGAUGCUGGACGUCAUGGACGUGCGCACGCAGAAGAACAUGGAGAUGACGAUGAAGGAGUGGCAGCAGUACUUCGAGAACCCCGCCAAAGACCGGCUGCUGAACGUCAUCAGCCUGGAGUUCAGCCACACCAAGCUGGAGAGGCUGGUGGACGCGCCGACCGUGGUGCGGCAGAUCGACUGGGUGGACCGCGUCUGGCCGCGCCACCUCAAGGAGCUGCAGACAGAGUCCACCAACGUGCUGGACGACAUGAUGUACCCCAAGGUGCAGAAGUACUGCCUCAUGUCGGUCAACGGCUGCUACACCGACUUCCACAUCGACUUCGGGGGCACAUCGGUCUGGUACCAUGUUCUCAAGGGCGGCAAGGUCUUCUGGCUGAUCCCGCCCAGCGACCAGAACGUGCAGCUCUACGAAAACUGGGUGCUGUCCGGCAAACAGGGAGACGUCUUCUUCGGCGACACGGUGGAGCAGUGCGGCAGGAUCGAGCUCAAGCCCGGCGACACCUUCUUCAUCCCCACCGGCUGGAUCCAUGCUGUCUACACGCCCGCCGACUCGCUCGUGUUCGGCGGCAACUUCCUGCACAGCUUCGCCGUGGACAAGCAGCUGAAGAUCGCCAAAGUGGAGGACGCAACUCGGGUGCAGCAGAAGUACCGCUACCCGUUCUUCACGGAGAUGCUGUGGUACGUGCUGGAGCGGUACGUGCACUGCCUGCUGGGCCGCUCGCACCUGGUGCUGGGCCUGGACGAGCUGUCCGAGCGGGCGCCGCCGCCGCCGCGGCCGGCCGCGCCGCACGUCCACCUCACGCCCUUCGAGCUGCACGGCCUCAAGGCGAUCGUGCUGUACCUGCAUGGCCAGCCGGCGUCGCGCAAGUGCGUGCCGGAGCUGAUCCGCGACCCGAUCGCGCUGAUCGGCGACGUGCGCCUGCUGGUGGAGCGGCACCGCUUCGACUGUCCCAAGCUGGCGGUCACCGGCCAGCCGGCGCUGCAGUGGCCUGACAACGGACAGGAGCUGCGCCUCAUGCUGCAGGGCUACGUCAAGACGGCCGAGGAGGAGCUGGACCCGGACGCCUCGCCGCGCAAGGGUCCGCGUGGCCCGCGCACGCCCGGCGCCGCCACGCCCCUCGCCAGGAGGGUACUCAAGGGCAAGAAGGGCGACCGUCGGCGGCGCGUGCGCUGCAAGGAGUGCGACGGCUGCACUCGAGACGAGUGCAGGGAGUGCGCCUGCUGCCGGGACAUGCCCAAGUUUGGCGGUCCGGGCAUCAUCAAGCAGUCCUGCAAGAUGCGAGUCUGCCAGAAGCCGCAGCUGCCGGUGACGGCCGUCUGUCACUACUGCGAGCUGACGGGCUGGGGCCGACCGCUCUCGCCUGUCGCCGGCAAGCGGCAGCGGCCUGAGAAGAGCACCCUGUACGAGUGCCGCAGCUGCUUCCGUAUCGCGCACAUCGCCUGCACCAUGCGCCAGCUGAGUACAGAGACCGAGGGCCGCGUGCUGCCGGGGCUGCCCAACUGCUGGAGCUGCCCCGAGUGUGUGGACCUGGGUCUGGAGGAGGCGCCGCCGGUGCUGCCCCCUGCGCUGAUGCCGCCCGGCGCCAAGCGGAAGCCGGGCCGGCCCCCGGGCCGUCCCAAGAAGGUGCGCCUGGACGAGCCGGUGGGCGUGCCGGCCUCGCAGGCCGUGCCCGACCGGGAGCGGCUCUGGCUGCCGCCUGGCGUCCAGCCGAAGCUGGAGCAGCCGCCGCAACCGACGCCGUCCGAGCCGCAGUGGACGCGCCUGUCGGCCGGCCACCGGCGCCUGACGGAGCGCACGCUCGUGUCGGUGAUGCGCCGACAGCCGGCCGAGCUGGACCUGGCCUGGGCGCAGCUGGGCGCCGCGCAGCUCGGCUGGCUGGUUAGCCGGCUGGCGCAUCUGCGCCACCUCAGCCUGCAGGGCGUGCCGUUCGCGGCUGUGGCCGGCCUGCGCACACCCUGCUGUCCCCUGCUGCUCUCGCUCGACCUCUCGCACGUGGAGGGCCUCACGGACAGCCGGCUGCGCGAGCUGCUGGCGCCGCCGGCCGAGGCGCGGCCCGGCUGCACCGACGCCAGCAGCCGGCUGCGCGCUCUGCGCCGCCUCUCCGUGGCCGGCACGGACGUCAGCGACGCCGGCUGUCGCUGCCUGGCGCAGCAGCUGCCGCGGCUGGCGCGGCUCGACCUCAGCGGCUGUGCGCGGCUCAGCAGCGCCGGCCUGGCGGCGCUGGUCGCCGCCGAUGCGCCGCUGCGCCGCACGCUGGCGUGGCUCGACGUCAGCGGCUGCCGCGGCGUGAGCGAGGCGGCGCUGGCGCACCUGCGCCAGUGCGCCGCUCUGCGC